CAGGGGCGGACUGACCAUUUGGAAACUCGGGCAUUGCCCGAGGGCCCGCGGUCAGUAGGGGGCCCCAUGAGAUACCCCUGGUACCUUUUUCAUAGGCUUUUUUGAGUUUGGGCAAGGACACAGGGGCCCCAUGAUCCCCUAUUGCCCGGGGGCCCCAUGAGUUGUCAGUCAGCCCCUGGUUCACAUAUAUGCAUUUUGCGUUUGAUGCUCUUUCCAGUGCUUUUUGCAGUUUGUUUUGCAUUUUUCUAAAUGUGUUUUUGAUGCUUUUUUGGGUGUGGGUGAGGACACAGGGGCCCCAUGAGCCCCUAUUGCCCGGGGGCCCC